AUGAUCUCCGGCCGGAUCACUGGCAACGUCCACGUCUGCAACGUGGACCCGGACCCCUCCGGCCGGCGCCGGCCGCCACGUUCGAAACGGGCAAAUCUCACUCCGGUUUUAACAUUCGGAACGUGCCGACAUUUAGAAUCGAAACUGAAAGAAGCCGAAUCAUACCAUGCACUGCAUAAGGAAGACCUCGACACGCUGGAAGCGACCUUACGGCUGAACAAGCGGCCGCUAGAUCAAUGGAAGCAGGAGGAAGCCGUGUACAUCGCACAGCAGACGAACCGGGAUUUCGAUUCGAGUAGUAGCGACCUCAAGAACCCAUAUCAACCGGCUGCAGACGAAGCACCCACAAUACAAGACAUUCUCGCCGCGCUGAAGAGAGAACAAGCGGACGAACGUGAAGCAGACGCACAGAGGCGUGGGAUGAAGCGCAAAGCGGGCGCUAUGGAGGAUAUGCCCAACGACAACGACGCCCGGCGUGAUUUAGGUGAUUUCUUCUUAGCCGCGAUGGACUUGGAGCGUCAACAACGGGCAGUGAAGACGAAAGUGAAAGCCUACGAUAGUGAUCCUGGUUCGGAGUUGUUUAACGAGAUCGAGAACGCCCGUUCGAAGUUGGAUGGGGAACUCAAGACGUGGUUAAUAUGGCACGCCCGCAUCAUGGGACCCGUUCUGGCAAAUCUAGAGAGCCAGUUCGAUGCAAGCGAGUGGCCCACGAGUACCGUCGCCGCCGCGGAAGACACGCCGAUCCCUGUUAUUUCGGCGUAUCCCGCUGCCGUUCGUCAAAACUUACAGGUGGACCGAUUUGUCUCUGCCGAGAGGCGGCUACGUGAUGCACACGCGCACGACGUGCUGAGGAAGAUUCGACAGAAGCUUCACUUCGAAGCGUUCUAUAAGCAGCAGAACGCGGGCAGUUUUGGUCAACAGGCUCAUACCCGGUAUUCCAAACUUCGAGCCACUGAGCGAGCGAAGAUCGAGGAACUACGUAGAGAGUACGAGCUGAACCGGUUGAAGGUUCUGAAACUACUCGGCCCCAACACCACUUCUACGCUCAAGCCUCUACUCGAAGAACAAUGCCAACCACCUGUCAUUUGGGACGAAAAACCCGGGAGGAAAGGAGAGUUUGUGUCGUGGAUUUGGCGUGAUGAGACCUAUCAUGGUUCGAGCCUGGAGACAUGGGUUUUAGAAGGCGAGUAUAGGAUGACGUCUCAAGAGGACUCGUGGCUGAUCUAA